AUGGGUUAUAACAGCUCUUGGACUUAUUUUUAUAUAGCAAUGAGUGCCAAAAAGUUUGUGUCAGUGAAUGUGCCACUCUCUGCUAUUGGAAUUCUUCUAAACAUGUUUUUUGUCUUCUGCAUGGUCUUUCCACCACAAGGAGCAGAGCAACAGAAAAGAAUUCUCAAAGUUCUACUGGGAUCACUGGUUUGGUGCAACACUGUUAUUCAUUUGGUUUGUUUAUUCAUUGUUUUCUAUGAGUUUAUCAUGUGGAAAUUGGAUAUGGAAGUGAGUAUAUUAUUGGCUAUGUCGGAUCUGAUUUUGAAUGUUAUGAUAUACAGUAUGAUAACCAGCGUUACCUGCUGCCAUUGGAUGAAUAUGUUUUACUUCUGUCAGAUUGUUCCUCCUCAGCAUCCUUUCCUCAUCUGGUUUAAGAGGAACAUCAGAGCCUUAAUUUACUCUGGUUUGGGUCUAAAUGCAAUCCUGUAUGUGUUUGGAAUGAGUGUAGAAAUCGCUUAUGAAAUUGUAGGCUUUGAUUAUGAUGCAGCAUAUAAUUCAUCAGAUGACUUGGCAGAUAUUCUGUGGGAUUCCCUGCAAAUAAACCGUAAAAUAAAAUUAGUGAAUUUUUGGUGCAGGUUAGUCUUAUUCUUGCUCAGUAUUUGUGUGAUGAUGGUAUCAACCUUUGCGACUGUUCUCUAUCUGUGGAGACACAUGAAGAAUUUGGAAGAGAGUGGCGUCUCCUCUCCUCGCCUCCAGAGACAGAUAAAAAUAAUCAUUGCAGGCAUCACAACACAGGCAGUCCUUCACUUUCUCUGCUCAAAUGGGAUUUUAAUAGAUGAACUUAUGUCUAAAUACUCCUCAGUGGAUUUUGACUGGAAUGGAUACAUCCUCUACACCUUCAUCUCUCUGUAUUCUUUUGGUACAACCAUUAACAUGGGCAUCAGUCAGUCACUGUUUCGACAGGGAGCCGUUCAUGUGUGGCAAAAUGUUUGCCAGGCUCUCCGUUUUUAA